AAUCAAGUUUGGGCCACACCGAUUAGAGCCCUCAGGCCCAGGAAGCCCUACACGGAGGCCCACGUGCAGCCCAUCUUCCCAUCCCGAAGUCCCCCCUCCUCCCCUGGCUGGCUGGCUGCUGCUGCGGCGCUCAGAUCCAACGCCUCUCGAGACUGAUGAAGCCGCCGCAGCCGCAGCCGAACGGGGGGAAGGUGACGCCGAACCUGGCGAUGGACGCGGAGGCCACGCGCCUGCUCAACCUCACCGUCCUCCAGCGCCUCGACCCCGCCGUCGAGGACAUCCUCAUCACCGCCGCGCACGUCACGCUCUACGACUUCAACAUCGACCUCAACCAGUGGAGCCGGAAGGACGUGGAGGGCUCGCUGUUCGUGGUCAAGAGGAACACGCAGCCGAGGUUCCAGUUCAUCGUCAUGAACAGGCGCAACACCGAUAAUCUGGUGGAGGAUCUACUUAGUGAUUUUGAAUAUGAACUUCAACCUCCAUAUUUGUUGUACCGAAAUGCUGCGCAAGAAGUAAAUGGAAUUUGGUUCUACAAUCAACAUGACUGUGAAGCUGUUGCAAGUCUUUUUGGAAGGAUACUGAAUGCUUAUGCUAAAGUUCCUCCAAAACCAAAAGUCCCUUCCACAAAAAGUGAGUUUGAGGAAUUGGAAGCGGUUCCUACAUCUGCUGCUAUAGAUGGCCCCCUUGAACCCCCACUAGCAUCCACUGCUGUAGUCCCUGAUACCUCUGAUGAAUCAUUGGUCAAUUAUUUCAGCGACGCUGCUAGCAUUGGAAGUGUGCCAAGUGCACCAUUGGCUGGAAGAGUGCAUCCGUCCACUGAGAGCGUUGCAUCUUCCUGUGUGCCAUUGAUCAUUCCAUCUGUUGCUCCGGCACAUCAAACUCCCCCUUCAAUAGGUUCAUCAGCUCCACCACUGCCGCUCCAUGACACUAACACCCAUACCAGCCGAUCAACAAAUCUUGUGACACCGGCUUUCUUUGCACCUCCAUCAUCCUCUUCUACAUCGCUGGCACCACCGGGUUCAUCCAUGAUGCCUACAGCACCACCCCUUCAUCCAACUUCAGCAUCUGCUCAACGUCCUCCAUAUGGUGCCCCCCUACUCCAACCUUUUCCACCACCGACUCCACCUCCUUCCCUUACCCCUGCACACAAUGACAGGCCUGUUAUCACGAGGGAUAGGGUUAAGGACGCCCUCCAGAGAUUUGUUCAGAGCGACGAGUUCAUCGAUUUAGUCUGUCGGGAAUUGCAGAAAUCACUUGUAUAGACUGCUUCAUGGUCUUCCCAGAGUUUCUGGCGUGUGACAGAGUGCUUGCGAUCUUUGAUUUUUGUAUGCUUCGUGCUUCUCAAACUCCUGUAUAGGUUUGUCUUAGUGUAUCGGUGUUGAGUCCUUAUAGCAAUAGUGGGUCGGUAGUAUUCAUGGCGUCCCUUGUUUCCAAAUAACCGUGUUGGCAUUGCCAUAGCAUAUUUAUGUAAUUGAAAAAUGGAAGUAAAACUAGAUUUGUGUAAGAACGUUGAAAUUUCAUAUUUUUUGUGUGAUAUACUAUAAGCAAUUACAGA